AUGUUAACAAAAAAGAAAAUCGUUGAACAAGAUUCAGAGAGCGAAAUAGAAACUGAAGUUAAAGAAAUAGAACACGAAAUAUCAAGCAGUAGCGAUACCGAUGAAAUUCUAACUCUCGAAUAUUUAGUAAAAAAUAAACAAGAGGAGUUAAAUUAUGAAAAAGAACUGGAAAACCCUAAUGACGUAAAGGAGGGUAGCUGGGCCCUAGUUCAUUAUAAAACAACCAAAAUUACGAAAAGGUAUGUUGGACUUAUAUUGGAAGUUUAUGCAAAAGAAGAUAAGCUAUUGUUUAAUUUUUUACGAAAAAAGAGAAAUAAAAAGAUCAGAGAAGAAACCCUGACAGACGAAAGAGUGGCAAUCCACCACAUCAACAACACUACACCAGAGAAUCUCCAGAAGCUGACUGAAACGAUAUUCCAUAAAACGGAUACUAAAGUGGUCAUUGGCACCACAGCGAGUAACAGGGAAGCGAAAAAGGUUAAAACAACGUAUGGAAUGAUCAUCAGCGACGGUGAGAAAACAUACAAGGAAGUCCCAGGCAGGGUCAAGACUAUCGUUGGAAGUAAUUCAUCGGUCAAAGCUAUCAGAUCCGUAAGGAGCACAAAGGACGGGAAACUACUACUUACGAUAAAAAAAGAUCAAACAGCCUUCAAUAAUUUACACAACGCUCUGAAAGACAGUACCAUGGGUCUAAAAACAAGGAGGCUAGGACUAGAGAAGAGUAUAGCCAUACAUUUGAGAGGGAUGGAAGCGGACACUACCCUUGAAGACAUCAAAAAAUCCAUUAUAGAAAUCACGGGUAAAUGGGAAGACGAUAAAUGA